AUGUUAGUGGCUAAACUUUUUAGCAUCCGAAAAGUAGUAACUAGAGCUAAUCACCCGUUUUCUCCUCUUCCUACUUCCUUUCAUUUAUCUCCCCUUCCUACUUACACCUCUGUCGCUGCUUCUGAGCUCGAAGCGAGUGUGUUAUCAACGAUAAACAAGAUGACUGACUUUGAAUUUGAAUAUCCCAGUUAUGGCUUACGGAAUCGAUAUGGUUCGGAUAAACUCGGCCGACCCGAUCAAGAGUUCAACUAUUACUUACUACAUAUUGGCGUUAGCAUUUUAGUGACAGUGCCAAACCUUUUCCUCUUCAUCACCUUGAUGUCCAAAUCUGGCACUGGAAAUAUGCGUCCGUUAGACAAAAUCCUUCUUAAUUAUACGAUUAAUGGGAUUUUAUGGGGCGUCUUUGGACAUUCUCUUUUCACACACACUUACUUCUUCAACUGGUCUUUCGGUAUUAUUGCCUGCAGGAUUUACCAUACACUUAUGGUGGCUUUUGACUUCGCUUUCCAGUUUCACAUGUUCGUAGUGAGUGUUGAUCGAGUUCUCCAGGCAAUAAGUCCCUAUCGUUAUCUUCAGCGGGUCAACUCGGUCGGCUGUGGCAUCCUACUUGCUUUUCCCUGGGUCAGCACAAUCCUGGUCACCUUGCCAAUAUACUUUGUCGGCUUUGCAUCCAACAGCACGACGCCAUCUCUCGCCUUACUGCCGGUCACGACGAUAACAAACGGAUAUCCAGAUGCCGUGACGGAAAUCUCAUUGCCUGCGCCAAACCCUGUUUGUAGUUCAGCACUGAUACCACCGGCAAACCGUGCAUUUCAUUUAUUCACCUUCAUCAUCUGCCUAUUUACAGUGGCCAGUACAUUCAUCGUUAUUUAUUUUCUGUUAAAGUCUCGAGGGCUGCAAUCUUAUCGUCUGCUGACCAGCGUUGACCGACGAUCCAUACGUAGCUCUUUGACGGCCGGGAUUGUAGUUAAUCUUAUGUUCGCGGCUACCAUGUUUGUUUUGAAAUGCUUCCACCAGCAUAUAAUGGACAACGGUUACCGACAACACGACGAGCGUUUUUGGAUUGCGUUGGACGUCUUUGCCUAUUUAGCCGUCUCAAGCGCUGGGAUCAUACCAGUGCUCUGGUUCGUCGACAGUGACGUGAGGAAAGCAUUAUACACUCUUUACCGAAGAAUCGUACCGGAACCAUCUGAGGAGAGCAAACUCGCAUCGAAAUCGAAACGAGAUUCUUUUGAACUCAUAAACGACUGA